AAGCUGCUGGUUUGAUGUAGUCGAGUAUCUUUAACUGCUCUGAGCGUCUGAUUUCUUCACACCGGUGUUUUAUUCUCUGCAGGUGUCUUUUUGUCUCUGAGGUCCAGCAGUGUAGGCGGUUGCCAUGGCGUCUCCAGGGGGACAAGGAGGAGGAGCUCUGUCGUCCAGAGGAGGCAGCGCGGCCCGGAGGAUGAAAUGGGCUCUGGAGCUGAGCUUGGGAAACACGAGGAGUCGUGGCGACCGGCAGGGCGGUCAGGGCGACGUCGUUUACCCCAUCGGCUACUCUGAGAAACCCGUCCCUGACACCAGCAUCCAGGAGACGGACAAGAACCUGGUGGAGAAGCGCUGCUGGGACGUGGCUCUUGGUCCCCUGAAGCAGAUCCCCAUGAACCUGUUCAUCAUGUACAUGUCGGGCAACACCAUCUCCAUCUUCCCCAUCAUGAUGGUCUGCAUGAUGGCCUGGAGGCCCAUUCAGGCCCUCAUGUCCAUGUCUGCCACCUUCAAACUGUUGGAGAGCUCCAGUCAGCAGUGGCUUCAGGGCCUCGUCUACCUGGUCGGAAACCUCCUGGGCUCCGCGUUGGCCAUCUACAAGUGUCAGUCAAUGGGGCUGCUCCCAACACACUCGUCUGAUUGGCUGGCUUUCAUAGAACCGCCUCAGAGGAUGGAGAUCAUGGGCGGAGGGAUGGUGCUGUGAAGCUGACGGACCGUGCAAAUCAAGGAUUCACAUAUUUACAUAGGUUUAUAUACUGUUCAUCCUGCAACACGACCGCUCACGCGAGGUUUCCUCCUCAGCAGAUCCUCGUGUCGGCUCCUGUUGAACACACACAGGGUUUUUCUUACAGAAUUAUAUCCAGUUUUAAGGUGGGGUGGGGGGGGUGUCAAACUUUAUCUGUAACUUCUAAGAACUUCACUCAGCCUGUAGAGUCGUUUCUUUCCCCCUCGUUUCAUCGUCUCGUCUCAGUUUGUAGUGAAACGCUUCCUUUUAAGAUGAUUUCCGCACGUUAGCAGCAACAUUUACUAACCUGUUUAACUUAUAGCUCUGUUUAAUUUAUACUGAUUUCCUCUAUGAAAAUGUUCUAUGAAAUAAAUCCCUGAAUUAAAAUGUCGAUAAACGUG